AUGACAAGCAACCAACAAACGUCAGAUGAUACAACAAAUUUAACGCUUGAUUUGUCUUCCACUAUUCAUCAACCACGAUAUAUUCAAACAACUACGCAAUUACAUGAAGUUCAACAGAAUUCUCAUGAUUUUCAAUUAGGACAACAUGCUUUAUUUGAAGAAUGUACAUCAUUUAAUAAUCAAUCUGAUCAGCGUACUAAACAAAAACAAGCAAUAGAUAUCGCAUCUAAGGUGUUAUUAGACGAGCAUCAACGAAUAAUCGAGAAAAAAGACAAUGAAUUAAAACAUCUUCGUGAAACUACUAAUGUUGUUUUACUCAAUAAUACAAGAACUAAUUCUCUUCAUAAUGAUCGACCUGAUGGCGAUGCAUCGAUCAACCAUCAAACAAUACUAAAUGCAUUAACAGAUGAAAAUACACAUUUAAAGAAUGAAGUAUUGAACUUAAAAAUUAGCCUCGAGUCGAAAGAAAUAAUUGAAAAAGAAUAUCUCCAACAAAUACAUAGAUUACAAUUACAUAUUACAGAACUUGAAGAUUGGAAUGAAGAUUUUCAAAAAAAAGAAUCAUCGACAACAAGCGAAAUUAAAAACCAGGAGCAUUCUGAUUUACAAUCAAGCAUUGAUUUAUUAAAAUCACGUAAUAGGCAAUUAGAAAAUGACUUACACCGUUUACAAUCACAACAACAGCAUAAUCAAGUAGCUUUAGAACGUCUUGAUGAAUAUGAAGAAACCAUCGCUCAAUUGCACGAAGAACUGAAUCAAUUACGUUCCAAUAAAAAAAAACAGCAAAUUUCUUGCAUUACAUUAAUCCUUUUUCUUUUACCAAUACUUUAUGUUUUAGUCGGUGAUAUCAAUAUCGACAACAUGAGUCAACUUCUUAUUGAAGAACGGAAACGAUACGAUACAAUAUGUGAACUUGUUGAGGAAACACGUUUAGAAUUGCAAAAUGAAAAAAAUCAAUCGAAAAAGAAAAUUUUACAGAUUGAAAUUGAUUUAAGCGAAAAAUUUGAACAAGAAAAUAUAAAUUUUCCAAAACAGCUCGAAAUCGAAAGAAAUGAACGAGAAAAUCUUCAAAAACAGAUAAACAACCUUCAACAAUUAAAAAAUGAUGAAGAAGAAGAAAAUCGUUUGAAAGAAAUGUAUGUUCGAGAAAUGUUUGAGAAACAAAUUAUUGAACUUAAUGAACAAAUACAAUUAUUAGAAAGUGAUAAAAGUGAACUUAAUUAUCAAAUUGAUGAACUUCGACAACAGCUACAAUCAAAAGAUAGACUAAUUCAAAAUUUUCAAAAUUUUGCUAUGACAUCUGGUGCACCAUCUAUAAAUAAUGCCUCAUCACACACUCAAGGUCUUUCUCCGUUAUCUCAAACAUCGUCUGAUCGUUUACUUGAACUUGAAAAUCAAAUGCAUCAAAAAGAAAAACAAUUUAUUCAAAUACAUUCUAUUUACAAUCAAUUUCUAACUCUUUUACCUUGUGAAUUUUCUUCUUCAAAUGAUACGCAUCUAUCCUUGGACAAUCGAUUUGUCAAUCUCUUCGAACAAUUCUCAACUUAUAUUGGUACCUUUUCUAUAAUACAAGAAGAAUCAGAUUCUCUAAAACAAAUUCUUAUCGAACGACAAGAUGAACUUGAAAAACUACGAACACAUUUAGAAUUAACAGCAGAUAAAUUAACACAAUUACAAGAAGAACGAUCGCUAAUGCAUAAAAAUGAAUCCCUUGACAGUGAUGAAGAUGAAUUAGAGGAAAUUCUUGGAUUUCAACAACGUGCACCAUCAAGACAAUCACUUUUAUCAAUUACCCCAGGCGAAAAACAACAAUUAAUUUCACAAAAUGAACUUCUUUCAUCGUUGUUAACUGAAAAAGAACAAGAAUUAGUAUUAUUACAACAAGCAGCAAAAUCACAUGAAGACUUGUUAAAAAAUUUAGAAUCAUUGCAAAGAAAUUUACAACAAAUGGAAUGUGAUAAAGAUAAUAAACAAAGUGAACUAAAUGACAUAAGACAUAUACUAGAUGAAAAGUUAAGAGAAAAUUCUUCAUUGAAAAAAGAAAAAAUGUUUUUCAUUGAAAAACUCGCUGAAUUUGAACGUGAACGACAAGAACAACAAUCGAUUAUUCAAAUGUCAUCUAAACACUCAUCACAAGGCAAAGUAAUCCAAGAAGACAAUAUCGAAAAAUCUAUAACUCAAGAACGACCUGAAAAUCUUCUCUCGAAUAACGAUCAAUUAUCAGAAAUAUCUAAAAACCAAGAAGAUGAAUCUCUAUCAUACUAUAAUGAAUAUACCCGUAUUCUUAUUCUCUAUAACGAACUUGUUACAAAAUAUAAUCAACUUGAAAUCGAUUAUAAAUCGAUUCAGCCGUUACUUCAGCAGAAGAAUGAAGCAUAUUUACAAUGUCAAAAUGAAUUAAAUACGUAUCGAAACUUAUUAUAUCAUCAAAAGAAAAAAUCUGAUGAUAUCGAUCAAUUGCGUUCAACAUUAAAUGAACGUGAAAUAAAAAUACAAGAAAUACUUAGUAGUGAAAAUCAGUUACAAAUUAAAAAAUCUGAAUUAGAAUCUAAUUUGAAAUUAUUAGAAGAAAAUAAUAUCAAAUUGAAAUCAAAUCAACAAUUAUUCGAUCAAAUACAAUUAGAUUUAAAGCGUGUUACACAUGAACGAGAUCUAGCUGUUGUAGAUAAAAAACAAACGGAAAAUGAAAUUGAAAUCAAUAGAAAAAAUCUUUUACAAUAUGAAGAACGUGAAUUAAAAUUAACGAACGAAGUCGAACGUUUAUUUAAAAUCGAAAAAUCAUUAAGAAAUCAACUUGAACAAUUAGAAAAGUCAGAUCAAGAAAAAACUAAAAUUAUUCAUCAAUUCGCUUCGAAUGAUGAACAAUCUCAGCAGGAGUUGUUAACAAACUUUCAAAGUUUGAAAUGUGAACAUGAAAAGAUUAAAGAAUCUAAUACAAAUCUAAAUAUUCGAUUACAAGAACAAAUCCAAUGUACACAAGAUUUACAAAAUAGUCUAGAGCAAUUUCAACAAGAUCGUGAACAAAAUGUUAAUGAACAUCUAUUUCAAUAUCAAGAUUCUCUCCGUGAACAAAUAUCAAUAUCAGCUCGUUUGACUAAUGAAAAUAAUGAGCUUCAACAACGUUUAGAAGACGCUAAUGAAGUGUUAUCGUCAAUGAAUCGUUCAAAUGAUGAAAUUAAAGCAAAGGAAAUAUUAAUUAACAAACUUCAAAUUGAAAUCGAUCAUAAAGAUAAACAAAUUUUAGAAUAUAGUAAAAUUUUUGAAACAACCAAUGAUACACGUGUGGAAAAGCAACUUGUUAAAAACAUUCUUUUAUCUUAUUUUCAUACGCCGAUCGAUAAACAACAACAAGUUAUUCCAAUUUUAAGCGCGUUAGUUGGAUUUACACAGGAAGAAUAUCAAAAAGUUAUUCAUUCUAUAUCAAAUAACUAUAAUAAUACUACAAGCAAUAAUUGGUUAACUGGCUGGCUUAGUGCAAAUUCAUCCAAACCCAAGACACAAUCGAACAAUUCAUUGGACCAGUCAAAUAAAUCAUUUGCUGAAUUAUUAAUACAAUAUGUUGAACAACAGUCAUUGGAUGCUUUUUCAGAAACACUAUCAAAUUCUAAUACUCAUGAAUGUAACAUUCAUCAAAAUCCUCCAAAUUCAUCUUUAUCUACAUCUGAUAAAUCUACGUAUGUUUCUACUGAUCAACAACUAACUACAACCAUCUCAACAGUAUCAAUCGUUGAAGACGAUAUAAAUAUUGAUAAUCCACCAUCGCUUCCAAAAUCAUCAAUACUUGUUGAUGAUCUUUUAAAAAUUUGA